AGCCAGGUUUUCUCGUUGUUGUUGCAUAAUACGUUGUCUGAAGUGCUGACUCUGCUCUUUGUGUAAGGCAAGGAUGGUUUGCUGUGCUGCAUAGGGAGUCAAUGUCAGGAAUGCGACGUUCCCCAUACCUGGGAAUGAGGAUUGCGCGGUUUCCUGCCCCCAACUUCGUCCUGACGGAGACGACUCCAUUCGCAAUGUUGAUGUUGUCGGCGUGUUGGUUGCCUGCGAACACCUUUGAAGUACAGGCUGCGGUAAUUGACCCCCGUACUCCGUACAGUCACAUCCGGGUCUUUUCGUUAGAUUGCCCGCUGAUUAGCCAUCAUGUUUCCGCGUGUUCUCGCAUGGAUGUCAUGGAUGUCGAUGGAUAAGGCUGGUGGGCGGAGUUCAUCUCCAGUGUGGAGAGAUGGGCCACAAUGCGAGAAAAAUGCCAGCAUCUGCCAGGUAGCCAGGUACCGAAAGGCGCUUGGCAGUGGCAUGCUGUGGAGGCGGGCAGAUCAUGGGG